AUGUCAUCAUCUUAUGUGGAUACAGAAUUUGUCGCCGAUGAUGUGACCUCAAACAAAACCAACGUUACAAAGAAGAUGCUUAUAAAAGAGUACAAGAAAAUUGGUGAAGGUGCUUUUGGUACAGUUACACAAGCUAAAUUGUUAUUAGAUGGUGAAUCUUGGUUAGGUCCUUUUGCCAUAAAGAAAGUCCCAGCACAAACUGAGUACAAAAGUAGAGAAUUGGAAAUAUUGAGGUUAACAAACCAUCCAAACAUUAUAACGUUGGAAUAUUUUUUCACCCAUAAAUCUCCAAGUGAUGGUAAGAUUUAUCAACAUCUAGCUAUGGAAUGUUUACCAGAAACUUUACAAUUUGAAAUCCGCCUCCAUUACUCAAAUAAGCUGGAACUUCCUCUGAAACAUAUCAAAUUAUACACCUACCAAAUAGCAAGAGCAAUGCUUUAUUUACAUGCAUUGGGUAUCUGCCAUAGAGAUAUCAAACCUUCAAAUAUAUUGGUUGAUCCAAGCACUGGUGUUUUGAAAAUCUGUGAUUUUGGGUCUGCAAAGAGAUUAGAACCAAGACAGCCUUCAGUUUCAUACAUUUGUUCACGUUAUUACAGAGCUCCUGAAUUAAUUGUUGGAUGCCAAUACUACUCUACCCAAAUUGAUAUCUGGGGUCUAGGUUGUGUUUUAGCUGAAAUGAUUUUAGGUAAAGCUAUUUUCCAAGGUGAUGAUCCAAUACUGCAAUUGAGAGAGAUUUGUAAACUGCUAGGUCCACCAGACAAAAGAUUUAUUUAUAACUCAAACCCUAAAUACGAUGGUCCAUUAUUUUCAAAGCCUUUAUUCAAUGGAAAAGUUUCUACAAGAUUUACCAAGAUUUUAGGACCUGUUGGUGAAACAGGUAUUGAUUUAUUGACAAAAGUCUUAGUUUUUGAACCUGAAAAGAGAUUGAGUCCAAGAAGAAUUUUAGCACAUGAAUUUUUUGAUGAUUUAAGAGUUGAUUCACAAUUUGUUCCAAGAGGUUCUUCAACCCCGGUUGAAUUGCCAAAGUUAUUUAAUUUCAGCAGUUUUGAGUUGGAUGUUAUCGGGGAAUUGAGAGAUAGAAUCACCAUAUGA